CGGAUUACCGCACAUCCCUUGCACCAAGAACCAAGACGAGCGUCUGGAGUCCACUUCCACUUUCAGUUUCUACAAGUCGGCCGACCAGCAAACACGCAUUGCGCCUUACGCUUACGCAACGAACCGCGCCCGCAUGCGUCUGGCUGGCACACUUAAAAAAAAUAACAUUACAAAAUUCGAACGCAGAUAAAAAAAAAUAUUUGCCUAUCUCUUUGCGCGAAUUGUGUCAAAUUUUCGAUAAAGAUUUAAGUAGGUAACAGAUUUUUCGCGGUAUUCGAUUUGAAUAUUUAAAAAAAAAACGUUUUGUUUGAAAUUGUUCGCGCGGGAAUUUCUUUUUGGUGUUAAUUUUUUUCUUAAUAUUUGAGUAAUGUGUCCAAGGAUUAAGUGUUUUGUUGUAGUGAGAAACUGUGAUGUGUUUAUUUCGUGAAGUGGACCACAAGAAGGCACCAUCUGUCGAAAAGGUGGAGGGCGACGCGAGUGCUCGGAGGCGGCAGGGUGCGCGUGCGGCGGCCGCGCUGCGCCCGUGCCACCCGCGCCGCCUGCGCAUCACCCGCUGCACGCACUCGACCAAAUGCCGCCGCCUCUGCUCAGAUCGAACCCUCUAUACACUGAGGAGGAGGAACAAGAGGUAGUGAUUAUAGUGGACUCGUUGGAUGAAGUGCCGGAGGGCGAAGCUCCUGAGCCGCCGCGCACGCCUCGCCGAGCGCCCUCUACGUCCUCAGGUUACGGCAGCGGCGGCGGCAGUCACGGCAGGGUGUCCCCUAACUUACCAAAGAACGAGCAGUUCGAACCGCCGGCUCGCCGGUUGUCCGACUCGGACAAGAACGAUGGAUCUCACACCACAUCGGACUCCGAUGCCAGUCCGAUUUGCACGCUUAGCAGGAGUCUCAAGGAAGACAUCAGGUCCUGUUUAGGAGUUUGUAGAUGGGAGAAAGACGUAAACGAUGUGGUGGAAGCUGCAGUCAGGGGUGCUGGUGGUAUCAGUGCAGCGCGAGCUCGUCUCCACGCAGCGCUGCUGGCACUGCACGAGCCUCCGCCUCGACUGCCCAACAGAGGACCAUCACUGCCAUACUGCGGGCCAGGAGUCAGACCUGGUGACGUCACCAUGAUGCCGAAGAACACUGAAAUGUCGUUGUUGGCUGCCAGUGCUCUCUUCACACUGGAUGGUGCGAGGGGCGAAGCUCUAUCUCGCCGCUUAGCUCGAAGUGAGCGCAGGCGCCGCCGCUGCAGAGCUGCCCUGGCCAUCAUCGCCUUGCUACUCCUGCUAGCUGCUGUAGGAGCCGUGGAACUCCUCAUGUCAAGAGGACAAAGAGUUUUUGGAGCUGUUCUACGCUAAGAUUAUUGGUUCUUCAUCGUCUACAGUUGAUGAUUGACCAAUAAUCUUUAAUAAGUUUGAGAAUAUAACCAAUAAGAUUAAAGAAUUACUCUAGUGUUGAACACCGCUUCUAAUAGGAGAGUUGCCAUAAAUCCUGCGCGACUUGGAGACCACAUUCAGUCAUUGUAAGAUUAGAGGAUGCUACUGCCCGUUUCUCAUUGGAAGGUCGAAGUUCUAAGACGCCGCGAUUCAUUGUUCACACGCUUAUACGUGAUCUGAAAGUUCGUGGUACAUAAUGAAUAGGUACCUACAUCAGGAAUGAAUUUGCUUUUUCCACCACCACUGGGGAUAGCGAAGAAGUUAAUCAGUUACCGUAGCUUACGUAUGCGUGUGUAAAUUAGGGUAUGUCCUACCGAAUAACCGAAGUACGAUAAUCGCAAUUUCUCACUAAAACUAGAAAUCUUAUUAGCUAGUGUACGACCUACGCUUUGAAUUUCUUCAGUAUGACGUACGCCUAGGCAAAUAGCAAGUCCUAUCUGGAAUUCUUAUCAUGUUGUUGGCAGUUGGCACUACUGCUUGAGAUAGAUUAUGUUCGGAAUGUUGGCAUAAAUGUGGACUUAGCAGAUAAACAAACAAGGCAUAAAUGCUCGAAGCUUUGGCAGUGAAUAGCUUGCUUGGGAUAGUACAGUCACACUCAAAAACAAGUGUAGUGAUUUGAUUUUUUUUUUGUUUAGUCAGUACAGGCCGUAUUACACAUGAUUUUUUUUUUAAUGUGGUACAUCUAACAAGUAUGUAAGUCGAGAUGCAACGAAAAUAUACACAGAUCAAUUUUGGUAAUUUGAAAUUGAACAGAAAAAGUAAUCAAGCUUUUAUUUUCUAUAAGUUUAUAAUUCUUGUUAUUUUAAGAAUAGUUUUAGUAUUAAUAUAUUUCAAUUUAGGAAAAUAUGUAAAAAUGCUUGUAAAAUCAAACGAUUUGGAUUCCACUAUCGAAAAUUAUCUUUAGGUUAUGUAUUCCUUAUUUUUUUUAUAUUACCUAAUGUAAGUAGUUAAUUUUGUAAAUACGUUAAUUUCUUUAAUUUUAUAAAAUACUUGUACUUAUUUGCCUUCCUAUUUAGAUGUAGGAUUAAAUUAAAUUUAAAUAAUUAGAUAUUAAUUUAUCAUUUAUUUUCAUCAACAUUUUAUUAAUUCAGAUAUUAGUUUUAAACCUAAGUGAUGAUUUUCCAAAAAGUAUACAUGAGAAUAUUUUAUGAAUUGCACGAAAUCGAAAAAAAGUACCUAUUCAAUUUAUAGGUGACAAGAUUUUCAAAAUAUAGUAGGUAUUGCACCAAUUUAUGACAUGGAUGAUUCGAAAUUUUUUUAUUAUUAUUUCAUAAUACAAGAUCAAAUACUUUUUCUUCUUCCUUUAGUUCAAGGAUACAAGAGAAAAUUAAUUCUAUUUUCGAAAAAAUUGACUAUAGAUCAUAGAGAGAAACAUAGCUUGUCUCAGUUGAAAAUAGUGCCUUUAAUUUUUUAAUGACGGGAGAUUUCAACUGCCAAUUAGAAAUAAACAUACAUAUUAUUGUCUGGAUAAUAUUUAAAUAAAAUAUUCUUAAAUUAGUUAUAUUUAUCAUAUUUCUUUAAUAUUAUUUCAACUUAUUUAAAUCAAUUAAUUCUUUGAUAGUGGGAUACAAUCUAAAUAGAUUUAGCUUGUUUUGGUAUUUUCUGUAUAUUGUGUAGAGUAGUUAAUGUAUGAAAUAUUUAGGUAAGCAUUCAGGUUUAUUUUUUAAUGUUUUAAUUUCUUUUACCAACACUGGAGGGCGUUGGAGGGCAUGUAAAAUACCUACAAAUUAAGCCCGUAUCUACUCAUGUUUUCUGUAAACAAGAUGUUUUGUGGCACUAUUUUUUAAAUAAAAUUUAAAACGCCAUUUUAGAUUCAAUUUUAUUUGGUGCCAUAAAGUGUACAAUAUUUUUUUUUGCAGCAGUAUAAUUUAAAUUUCGCUAUUUUUGUUUUCUUAAUUUAAAUAACGCUUAACAAUUUGGCCACAAACACACUGUGUAUAAAUUUUUUUUUCGAAGAAUACUUUAUACUUAAAAAUUUAAAUACAGAAUGAUUUUGUUUUAAAUUGUCAUAAGAUUGCCAUGUAAAAAUAUGAUUAUAUUUAUUGUAUUAAGUGGCCUUUUAGUAUUGAACUAUUUGUGAUCGGAAUGUGAUUGUAAUUGUUACUUUUAGUAAAUAUAUUUUAUAAAUAAGUUUUAAAUGUCGAAUCGCAAAGUAAAUUACAUUUUGAACUAAAAAAAUAUAACGUGUCAAUAUAUUUUUGCGAUCGACUGUACAUUAAUGUACUCUUUAUAGAGUGGUUAAAUUUUUGUGUAAAAAUAAAAUAAAAUAAUGAAUU